UCGAAAAUAGCCAAAAUGGAGGCAUUUCAAGAACGCUUUACAAGAUUCACAAAUGGUCUAAACCAGAAAUACGAACCAUAUGUCCAACAACAUCUUGCCAAAGUUUACAUGAUGUUGGGUGGAACAUCUGCUGUGACCGCCAUUGGUUCUAUGCUACAAAUGAAACACUAUAUUGAUUUGGGCAUACUUGCGGCAUUGGGUACCUUGUUCUUAGUUUUGGGUUUACACUUCUAUCGUGAUAAUGGCAAAAAUUACUAUACACGUGUUGCUAUGCUGUAUGGAUUUGGUUUCUGUUCGGGACAAACUCUAGGACCCCUUUUAAGUUAUGUUGUCAGUGUGGAUCCAUCGAUUAUUGUUACUGCAUUGGUGGGAACAUUUAUAACAUUCGCAUCGUUGUCCAUAGCAGCACUUUUGGCUGGACGUGGUCAAUAUUUGUUUUUGGGUGGUAUUUUGAUUAGUGUAAUCAAUAGCAUGACACUUUUGAGCAUUCUAAAUAUUUUCUUCAAAUCAAUGUUUGUACAAAUGGCUCAGCUAUACGUUGGUGUUAUUGUUAUGGCCGCGUUUAUUCUUUUCGACACCCAAAAUAUCGUUGAGAAGGUUCGCUAUGGCAAUCGAGAUGUUGUCCAACAUGCAUUGGAUCUGUUCUUCGACGUUUUGAGCAUGUUCAGACGCUUGUUGAUUAUUCUGACACAAAAGGAGGAACGCAGACGUGAAAAUGAGCGCAAACGUCGUUAAUAAAAAA